AUGAACGGGCACUCUCCGUACGGCCCCAGCCCCGGCGCGGGAUAUUACUACAGGGACGAAUUCGCAACUCCAUCGCCGACUCCAUCUCCCCGGGGGCCAUCAUACUACACCACCCCACAACGGCCUGCGACGCGAGCGCACUUCCGGCACAUGAGCAGCGGCAUGAACGACUAUCCGAGUCCGCGCCCGGCAGCAUUCUCGCCGCGGUACAACAGCGAUGGGCUCUACUCGACCAACGCCGCAACUGCUAAUGUGAGUGCAACGCGAUCAUCGCGGAAACAAUCAUUUUCUGGGACGACGCGCCCCAAGCGCGAGCGCCGGACUUCAUAUUCCUACUAUCGGGCCUCUGACUCUCAUGGGGAAUCCGACGAGGACGAAUACGUCGAGGUCGACGGUAUCACCUACGUGAUACCCGCGCGGUCGAGGACGAAGCGCCACAGCAGGCAGGACGAGGGUCUCUACUAUUCUGGAUAUGUUGAUGGGCAUGCAACUGAUCGCCACCACUAUGCACAGGCCUCAUCCCGCCGUCAGGCCAAUGACUUUGACAGGUACGACAUUUACUACGAGGAGGCGCCCCGUCGCUCGUCUGCACACACCAGACGUGCUUCUCACUCGGUUCCCCAGCGGCCUCAGACAACUCGGCCCGCCAGCUCCCACCACAAGGCUCCACCGCCGACAACCAGGAAGGCGACCGAGUCCGAUGCCAAGAAGUAUCGCAUCCCUCCAGGGUACUCAUUAAAGAACUGGGAUCCGACUGAGGAGCCGAUCCUUCUGCUUGGCUCCGUGUUCGAUGCCAACAGCCUCGGCAAGUGGAUCUACGACUGGACGGUUUACACACACGGCCCCUCGACCCCGAUCUCCGAGAUGGCGGGCGAAAUGUGGUUGUUGCUCAUCCAGCUUGCCGGAAAGAUCAAGAGGUCCAAGGAGUGCGUGCCGAGGAUCCGGGCGAUCGACAGCCGGGAGAUGGUUGAGGACUUCAUCGAGUCGGGCGAGCGCAUCACGGACAAGCUUCGCAAGCUGCUCAAGACGUGCGAGCAGCCUAUGCUCAAGGCGAGCAAGAAGAAGGAGCAGCUUGGCAGGAACUCGGGCAUCGAGUUUGUCGAGACGCUCUUCGGGCGGGAGCGCGAGCUGGAGAAGUCGGAGCGCUUCAUGCAACAGGUGCGCCUGUGGAACAUGCGGUUUGACGCCAACUGCGAGGAGGUGCUCAGGCAACCUACAAAAUAA